AUGUCGGACACCGUCGAGCACACCGCAAGCUUCUCGCAGCCAGAGAACGGCGUCACAGACCGCCCAGGCACGCCGGAGCGCCCGCCAUACUCGCCGGUGACGCCGGUGCUGUCGCAUCUAGCCCCGAUCCCCGGUGGAGCUACCAUCAUACCGCCAGGGCCUGAACUACCUGAAGCACAAACGCCAUGGAAUAAUACAGCCCAAAUACCAGAAUACGAGAGUUUUCGACAAGAGCCUUUUGCCAGGCCGCCACCGAUGCCCGUCAAGCCCGAGCCGGCUGCUGUGCCCAUAUCAGAAAGCGACAAUCCGGACGUCAUAGCCCUGCGCUCGGCGAUUUCGGUACUACAGCUGCAGAAGCAAAAGGCGUUGAAAGACAUCAGGACGCUCGACGAGAUGAAGAAAGCUGCCAUGGCCGAUCCAGAAGGGUUUGCACAGGAACUCGUGGCCGGCCGACUGUCGUCGCAAGACCAAAGCAGUUUUGUAGACACGCAUUUGCCACCCGACGACGAGGAGGAAGAGGAGGAGGAAGAAGAAGACAACCCUAAAGCACAGUCGCCAGAGGGCAAAUUCGGAAAAAUUCCGAGCCCGCAAAACGUCGUGCGCAUGCCUCCGAUCAACUGGGCAAAGUACCAAAUCGUUGGCGAGCCUUUAGAUCGCAUACAUAACGAGCAACGGAGCCGGCCUGUGCCUGGAGAGCCGCGACAAGGCCCAAACCAGCGCGCCCCGGAGCAUUUUAUCGCUGCUCCGUAUCGGCCGUUGACUGAUAGGCUCGAGAGUCCUACAAAGGGGCGUCCUGUCAAGAGAGAAAAAAAGGGAUGA